CAGGUUCCACCUGUCGAUGAUGAACCCCUUUGGCCUCAGGCUGAUCGACAGCGCUCCGUCCACCUACUGCCACGAUCUGGUGUCGCCGAUGGUCCAGCUGCUGCGCGCCGCGUCCGCAGAGAGCCAACACCACGGCGACAAGUUCGUCUUUAUUUCGGACACCACCCUGCCUGUCAAGCCCUUCGCCUUCGUCUACGAUGCGCUGACGCAGAACCCGUACUCGGACAUCUGCAUCGAGCCGCGGUCCGAGUGGCUCUGGCUCAGCAACAAGCGCAGCCCGGGUCGUACGGCUGCUCUCGUGAAGCACAGCCAGUGGGUCGUGCUGAGCCAGGAGCACGCCCGAAGGAUGGUGAGGCGCUGGCCGCACAUGUCCAGAGGCGUGGGCUCCCACUGGUCCGUCCCGGUGUGGCCUGCUGCCAAGCGCGAGGACUACACCGAGGAGGAUUUCGGCUCGCUGCCGCAGCACUCCCUGUGCACAGACGAGUGGGCCGUCUUCGCGGCGCUCUUCGGCGUGGUCAUGACGGCCAGGACCUCGGAGGAGAUGCCCGGCUUGAGCAGCCAGGUCCUGAACAUCCAGGCCGACACUCCCGAGGACGGGCAGGGCGUGUGCCGCACGUUCGUCACGUGGGGCGAGUCCGUCGCCCGCGAUUCGUCGAGGGUGGCGCAGAAGCUCUCCCAGAUGCUCUCCUGCUUUCCGAACUGCCUGUCCAGCCAUCCGGCGCACUUCACGCGGAUGACAUACGAGGGCCUGCAGGU